UACCAGGUGACUCACAUCACUCGCAACAAACAAACAGCGGCCAUUUUGAACUUCCGUUUACUGAAAUAAUUCGCGCCAAUUUGAAGUAUUCCUUUUUCAAAAUGUCGCAACAAGGAGCUGCGUUGCAGACGUACAAUAACGAACUCGUAAAGUGUAUUGAAGAUCUUUGCACCAAGCGAGACGAGCUACAGAAACAAAUUCUCUCUGAAGAAGAGGAGAAAAAUAAACUUCAGAACGACAUAAGAAUCUUGACAGAAAGGCUUGCAAAAAUCAAUGAGAGCUUAGCUAGAAAGAUUGCCUCAAGAAACGAAUAUGACAAGACCAUUGCAGAGACAGAGGCUGCUUAUAUGAAGAUAUUAGAGAGUUCACAGACGCUGCUACAUGUACUGAAGAACGAAACUGCCAAGGACAAAGUACAAACAAGCCGAAGCCAAGGAUCUGUUAGGGACAAGCCUCGCGAGCAACCAGUGUAGGAUGGAAAUACUCUAUUUAAUUAAUAAAUAUGUACAGCUUUUGUAAAUAAAAAUACAGUAUACUACAAA